AUGGAACAUCCCUUUAAAAAGGUAGUCGUCGUGGGAGCGGGCCCCUCAGGCUUGCUCCUGUCCCUCCUUCUGGCAAAACAUGGGAUCCCCGUCCAUCUCUUGGAAGCCUCCGACAAACUUGAUGAGCGGCCACGAGCAGCCAUCUAUGGACCACCGGCGAUACCGGAUCUGAAGCGAGCAGGAAUUCUGGAAGAGGUCCGUCGACGGGGCAUGACACUCAACACUAUGGCAUGGCGCAGAUAUGAUGAUCACACCUACAUCACGGGGAUGGAUGGAAGCAUCCUUGCGGAUGUUGAUGGCGAAGAUUUGCGUACAACGUGCCUCGUUCUCGAUGAACUCGAUCGAUUGAUGCUGGAUGAGUUCGUUACCAAGUACAACGGCCAGGUUUCCUGGCAGCACAAAGUCGUAGAUGUAGGUCAAGAUGCAAACUCGGCUUGGGUUGUGGCCGAAACCCCGGAAGGACAGGUCAACGUGCACGGCGACUACGUCGUUGGUUGCGAUGGUGCUACCAGCCAGGUUCGCAAGUCACUGUUUGACGAGUUUCCGGGGUUUACUUGGGAUCAACAGAUUGUUGCUACGAACGUGUACUACGAUUUCGAAGGACAAUACGGCUUCAGUAACAGCAACUUCAUAAUCCACCCGGAGCACUUUGUUAUGAUAGCAAAGAUUAGCCGUGAUGGGCUUUACAGAGUGACUUACGGAGAACUACCCGGCUUGACGUGGGACGAGAUACAGAAAAGGCAGCCAUGGAAAUACGAGACGAUUCUCCCCGGACACCCGAAACCAGACCAGUACAAGCUAGUCAGCAUGGCUCCAUACAAGAUGCACCAACGAUGCGCACAAUCAUUUCGAGUUGGAAGGGUCCUGCUUGCUGCAGAUGCAGCUCAUAUAUGUAACCCAUGGGGUGGCCAAGGGAUUACUGGAGGCUUUGUUGAUGUUGGCGGCCUCUACGAAUGCUUGGCCGGUAUAUGGGAUGGUAAGGCAGAUGAAUCAAUUCUGGACAUCUACAGCGAAAAGAGGAUCGAGAAGUGGAAGAAAAUUAUCGACCCAGUUUCACAGGACAACUUUAGACGUGUGUCGGACCCAGAUCCGCAUACCAUGAUUGAUCGAGAUCCGGUAAUGAUGGCCGCUAAGAAGGCUGAAGGUGACAAGGAGUUGACGAGGAAACUUUGGCUCAAUUCCUUGGAUCUCAGAUACGAUUUUACUCAGCACUACAAGACUGCAUAG